AUGGGUGGUGUGAUGUCACAGGUGGGGGUGCGGGUGCGGGCAGGUGAUGUUCCCAAAUAUGUGAGUGCACUUGACCAAAGAUAUGCAGACUUAAAGAAAUCUAUUCAUGUACCUGCGAAAGAAAAAUUAAUUGAAUAUGGACAGAAGGUAGAUUUUAUAAAGGGUCUCUUGAAGGCUUACAAACUUAAUGGUGCUUUGGAAAGGGCUGAAUGUAGUCAGCUCCUUGCUACCUCAUCAGUGCCCACUCUACCAGACUCAAAAACAGAAAUUGGAAAAACAACAACAAAGAGACUUCAUCUGCAAGCUACCUCACAUUAUACCAAUGAGAUGAGAAAAGAAUUACUAGGAGAUAAUGUAGAGGAUGGCUCAAUACAAGAAAGUGGACAUGUUAAGGUCGAUGGAUCUGAAGAUUUGGAUGAAUUUUUACAACAGCAUCAAAAUAUGCAAGAGAAAUUGGCAGAGAACAUGAUCUCUUUGGUUAGGAGGUUAAAGAACACAACAUCCGCUGCUGGUGACAUUAUCAAGAAAGACAAUGAGAGGUUGGAGAGUACACUCAAACAGGCAGACACCAACACGUUGCAACUCAAGGUUCAAUCUGCCCGAAUGGAAAAACACUCGAAAAAGUCAUGUAAUUGGUGGAUGUGGGGAAUGCUGGCACUAGUUUUCAUGGUCUACCUCUGGAUGAUCAUGUUUAUACGAAUGUUUCCAAAAAAGUAACAUGAUAAUAAUCGAGGAGAAUCAGUGCUUAUUAUUAUAAUAAAGAUUCAAAUGCUAUUUUCACAUGGUCAAUUUAAAUUAUUUUCUCUGCAUGCCUAAAGGUACAGGUGUUCAACUUACUAGUCUCUCUGUGCUACUUCUUACUCCCCAAAGUGUCCUAUUGUGUCAGUUGCUGCCAGUUGUCACUCAUGCCUAAUCCAUAGCAGGGGUGGACUUUGGGAUAUCCCCUGCUCUUGUCAAAAGAUUUCUUGGGGUCUUGAAGAGUACAUGGUUUUUUUUUUUUGGUUUUUUUUUGUCUGGGUUUUUACGGCCUGAUCGUUAUUAAUGAUAUGUGGUCACUAUCAUUCCUGAUGAUGACAUAAUUGAUGUUAAAAUCUUGAAUCCAGACACGAUGGCGUGCAUUUCAAUAUUUGGAAUAUGUAUUAUGCUAUUUAUUUUAUUCAUUUAAAUAAGCCAUGGAGUACUUGCACCUAGGGCUGAAACAUAGCGUGAACCACUUCACAGCCCGUCAACAGUGAAUGCUAAGGUAUCUAUGCAUCACUGGCUGAGAGUGGUCAGUGUGUGACUCCCGACCACAGACCACAAGGUUUUCAGAACCUGAAAACGGCCUUCUCCGGGUGUACACUAGGCCUACAGUUUACUGUCCUAAAGUUAAGAAGACCUGGUUCUACGAUGGAAACCAAGAACAAAAGAACCAAGAACAAGGACGUUCUGGAGCAUUGCCAAUUUGUGAGUCUCUAGACUACAGCGCCUGUACAUUAACCGGUCGGUCAAUUGGAAUUAUCCUCUCAUUGACAUUAAGGAUGCCAGUAUUAAUUUGUGCUGUGGGAUCUACGUGUCUUCAUAUCCACCUUUUGCGUCUGUUCGGUCACUUAUCUGUAUGAGGUACUCUACUUUGUGAUUGUUUUGAAUUCUUGAGGUAAUACACUGUAAAAAUGGCAGCUCAGCAACUGUUUUUGCUGAAUGUGUCUGUUGUAAAUGACAACAUAAUUGCUGUUUCUGUAUUUUUAAACAUGAAAUUUCUUUUACGAACAAAUGUUCCAAUAUUAUGUCUGAGAUGUUAGGACGUUGGACAUCAAAAUGGAUGAAAGAUAUUGAUGGUAAAGCUUGGACAUAAUAUUAAGAGAAAUGUUAACAAUGCAUUAGUGGGUACAGUUAUUAGUAGGCGGCCUUCUGUAGCUACUGCUUUGCGCAAAGACCUAGGCCUAGGAGUUAUUCUUCAGGUCAGCACCACAUACAAUAUCUGAAUGUUAAACUAGAAAAAAACAUUUCAAAAGACCAUAAAACAUAAUAACCCUCCCUCAUUGUAGUGAUUUGAUAGUGUGCAGUGGCUGUGUAUGCCUAGCCUGCCAGAGGGAUAUCCUGAGACAUUCAUUUGUCUUGGUGAUCAAAAUAAAUGAGUCAUACUGUAUACACAAUAAAAUAAAUAAAUAAAUAAUUCAUAAGAAUACAAUCUAUAUUAGGAAGUAUUUCCGUGGUUCAUUAUUGUAGGAUUAUGGAUUGUGCAGAACUAAUAAUUAAUACAAACCCACAGGCCUUGGCUGGCCUAUUAUUCCACAAGGUACGAUUUGAAGCUUAAAAUCAUCUUUGUUUUUAAAUGUGCACCAAUAAAAUAUUACAAAAAGUAAGCUAUAUAGUACCCACUAACUUUUGAAUUAGUUUUUUAUAAAUAUUCUUGAAUAAGUUACUUAGCAAACAAAGUCUGACCAUGAUUUUAAGAAAUUUACAGUACAGCUUCGCUAUUAGGUAUCCAGUGUUUUGAUUUCAUACCUCAUACAGAUGAUGUCACUGCCCAAAAGCUACCAAGCGCAAAAGGUGGAUUGUAGCCACUGUUUUGUUUGCAUGUAUUUUGUGGAUUUCUGUCUACACAGAAUUAAACACAUGUACUACUGUGUUUUACAUUGAACAUUGUGGGAUUGUAUUUUCGAUUUUCUUUCACAAUAUGCUAAAGUUAACACAAGAUGUUACGAUUUAUAUCACAGUUCAUCAAAAGAAAGAAGACUAAAUAGACAGUUUAUUACUCUAUCUGUGUCUGUAUGGACUGCACAGAUAAAUGUGAUAUUAUCAAUAGUGAUGGCUUAUGGCCAGUAACAACUACAGUACAAUAGGUAAAUUAAACAGCUGAUCAUUAUAACAAACAUUGGUCAUGAAUUUACCUUUAACAUGUACCAAGUCACCUGAGUAACUUUCCAAUUUCAUAUUACAAGUGUCCAGCUUAAUUUACUCCAAAAAGUUUGUUAAUCAAUCAAAUGUUCGUUCACUACAGUAAAGGCAGCUGCGGUAUCUACAGUGAAGUCAAUUGGUUUCUGAUUUACUUCCAUUGUCACAGUUACUGCAGGGCGUGAACGACCGCUGACUUCAUGAAGCCCAGUCAUUUCAUGUGUGUCAGACUGACCUCGUACCUUGACUCGUUCAUUUUUGCCGCUUUCCUAGUAGACUUCUGCUGGUUUCCAUUGCGUGAUGUUGCAACACGCUACUCUAAUGUGUCCAACUUUCCCGCAUUUGUAACAUUUUGAAUCUGCAUGUGUGUGCUGCAUAUGCUCACCCAAACAAGAAUGAUUUGUUGUAGCUUGGUUUAAGUGCAUGAUCCUCCUGACUACACUGGGUAGCAGGUGAUGUAUGUAACUCCUUUACCUCCUUCGUCGCCGAUUCAAAAGCCACAGAUAAUUCAAGAGCUUUUUUAUAUGUCAGUUUUUUCUGACAACCACCAAUGUUGAAUAGUUGUAUUCACAAAGCCACACACUAACCUAUCCCGUAGUGCAUCAUUUAACACAUUUCCAAAUGUUCGGCUAGGCAUUUAAGUCUUGUGUUAAAAUCAAGUAUGUACUCACCACUGUGUUGAUCUGAAAAUCUGAAGCGCUCCGCUAUUACGAGUGGUUGAGGAGUAAAAUGGACCUUCAACAGCUUGUUGAGUUUGUCACAUGACUUCUCGAACUGUUUAUCUGGCUGCGAUAAGUCACGUAUCAGGCUGUAUGUUUUCUGUCCAACAAGUGUCAACAAAGUAGCAACUUGCCUGUUGGGUUUAACGUCAUUUGCCACAAAAUACUGCUGGAGCCUUUCCUUAUAAACAGUCAAAGUCUCCAUGCUAGAAUUAAAGGAAGAAAGUUCUCAACAACUCAAUAACAAUAACAAAC